UUCAUGGCAAACCUCGAAACUCGUAUUUCCCCUAUAAAUUCUCACUGCCAACAUUCCGCACGCCUCCUCUCUCUCCCUCUCUUACUCUUUCAAAUCGGAGAAUCACGCCGGAAUAGAUUCCAUUCCAAUUCCGCCAUCUCAUUAGAUUAUUAUUUCAGUGAACGCUUAAAAUGGGUUCAAAAGCAGUUGAAAAUUUGAUAGAGGCUUCAUCAGAUGUCCAUUUUUCUGGGUUUCAUUUAAAAAACACAGGUCCAAGUAAAUUAGUAGCCGAACAACCAACCACCUCUACGACUGAAAAUAUGAAGCAGCCCUUUGUCAUAGGAGUUGCUGGUGGUGCAGCUUCAGGGAAAACUACAGUCUGUGAUAUGAUUAUAGAACAGCUUCGUGAUCAACGUGUUGUACUUGUCAAUCAGGACUCCUUUUAUCACAACUUGAAACCAGAUGAACUUAAAAAAGUUCAUGAUUACAAUUUUGACCACCCUGAUGCAUUCGACACAGAACAGUUAUUGAGUAUAAUGGAGAAACUGAAAUAUGGACAGGCAGUUGAUAUUCCAAGAUAUGAUUUCAAGAGUUAUAAAAAUGAUGUCUCCCCUCCUCGAAGAGUGAAUCCCUCCGACGUUAUUAUUUUAGAAGGAAUACUCAUCUUUCAUGAUCAAAGGGUUCGAGAUUUUAUGAAUAUGAAAAUAUUUGUGGAUACAGAUGCUGAUGUACGUCUUGCAAGGAGGAUAAGACGUGAUACAGUAGAGAAGGGUAGAGAUAUUGGUAUGGUACUUGAUCAGUACUCAAAAUUCGUGAAGCCUGCUUUUGACGAUUUUAUACUUCCGACGAAAAAGUAUGCCGACAUUAUCAUUCCUCGUGGAGGAGACAAUCAUGUUGCCAUUGACUUGAUUGUGCAACACAUUCGGACUAAACUCGGUCAACAUGAUCUUUGUAAAAUAUAUCCUAAUUUAUAUGUUAUUCAGUCGACUUUUCAGAUACGAGGUAUGCAUACACUUAUACGCGAUGCUCAAACAACGAAACAUGACUUUGUCUUUUAUUCUGACCGGUUGAUCCGAUUGGUUGUUGAACAUGGUCUUGGGCAUCUUCCCUUUACGGAAAAGCAGGUGAACACGCCAACUGGAUCUGUAUACACUGGUGUUGAUUUCUGCAAGAGAUUAUGUGGUGCCUCUGUUAUCAGAAGUGGUGAGAGCAUGGAGAAUGCCCUGCGUGCAUGUUGCAAAGGGAUCAAAAUCGGAAAAAUUCUCAUUCAUAGGGAAGGCGACAACGGCCAACAGCUGAUCUAUGAAAAACUGCCAUCAGAUAUCUCGGAUAGGCACGUGUUGUUGCUAGAUCCAAUUCUGGGCACGGGAAAUUCUGCGGUAGAAGCGAUUAGUCUACUUAUCAAGAAGGGAGUGCCAGAAUGCAACAUCAUAUUCCUGAAUCUAAUAUCUGCUCCCCAAGGUAUUCAUGUGGUGUGCAAGCGAUUCCCCCGAGUGAAGAUAGUGACAUCUGAGAUUGAAAUUGGUCUCAACGAAGAUUAUCGAGUCAUCCCCGGGAUGGGCGAGUUUGGGGACCGUUAUUUCGGGACCGACGAAGAUUAAACACACACACACAAACACAAAUUACCUGAGUCUUACUAUUCAGUGGACAUGGAUACUAGUAUUACUUGUUUUUUUGCCAUACUACUUCACUUCCUAAAUAAUUAAUUCACAUUUCAUUUUAUAAGGAAUUUAUUUAAAUA